CAUCACAGUAAAACUGGCAUCUGUUAUGUCCACCGGUCGGACAUGUACUAAAUGUGUCUCGUAAUUUAUGUGUGCGCACAAAACCAUUGCACAAGAAUUAACACACACGGAGGACGACAGCAUAUUCAAACACCAACAUGAUUCUUAUCGUGGCAAUAUUGAUAGGUGUAGUUGACCGUUCGUUGGCAGUUCCUUCGUCAAAUCAUCUCACCAAACGUUACUGUGAUAAUCUUUCCAGCCUCGCUUUGGUAUACGCUCUGAAUGAGAAAUCUGUUGAAUACAACUCAUUUGAAGAGGUGAAUAAUCUGUUACGGAUCAACUUCAACAAUAAUCUCGGUAGAGAGGACUUCCUGGUCUGGUUAGGGGACAAAUGUAGAAGUCGAUCCCUGACGCUUGAGUGGUUUCUCCACCAGGCAGAGAUAGUAUGUCCAAACGCACACAAGAUCAGAAGUCUUAUCGAACCUAGCGGCGUUGUCUGUCACCAAGAUGGCGGCGUGACCGAACUUACGAAGAAGGCCCUGCAGUCGUUUGUUAGGGUGAAUAAAUCAUACAAUUGCGAGAUUGCCUUGACGUCGAUACAGAGUCAGUGUGAAAUAGUCGCUUUGUUCAAUGUGGCAGUCCCCAUGGCUUACAACAAGCAAUCAUUGGAAACACAGAUCAACGUACAAACAAGAAGGACCUUAGCUGCUAUUAGAUGUACUCUAUCCAAGUUAGGACGUUUGACCCCGCGUUGUGGAAGAGUGAGAGAUCUUCAGAGGUACCAACUAGUGACUGAACUGAUACAGAAACAGCCUUUCAAACUCCGAGGGGAGGUGGAUUUCGAAAACUUUGCCGACGUCAUGAUCUGAUAUUUAGUAUAAAAAUGCAGCAACUUCAUUUUCCGAUGGAAAUUGUAUUUCGAAACUUUUCUUCUGACGCCACGACAUAUAUCUUAUUGCAUUAAUUAAAUUAAACUUAUUUGAGCAUUUAGUUGAAAACUUGUA